AUGGAACCGCAAAAUGCCGAAUCAAUACUGGAGUCCAUAGAAGAAGGUGUCUGCGGCUUAGGGCCGCUCCCAGAGUUACUGAAGGCGAUUGACCAGUUUCAACAGGAUCCAUCUAUACUCGAAGAUCGCCUUUCUGAGUUCAUUACAAAACUAGUCGACGGCUUCUUCACUUGCAGGUCAGAGGACCAACAUCGAUGCUCACAAGUUUUCUACACGUUCUCUAAGGUAUGUGGCAUCAAAAAGGUAAUGAAUCAUCUUUCCACUGAUAUAUUCCUUCUUCCUAAAAUCCUGGAGAAACUCAAAGAUUCAGGCGACUGGCAAGAUUCAUACUUGCUGCUUGCUUGGCUGAAAAUGGUUCUUAUGUCACCGUUCAAGCUGGAAAACGAUUCGCAAAUUUACAAAAUGACAGGCAAAUUCAAAUCGUUACAGGCCCUACAUCCAUUAGUUUCGGCGGUUCAUGCAGAACUUUUCGCAAAAAAUAUCGGAUUGUUUCGCUCAAGCUUCUCGAAUGAAACCUCUGACCUGUACACAGUGAACUUCACACUGAAAGCCGUGUUAAGGCAAGGGCAGGUUCAUGAACGUCAAGCGGUCCUCGAUUCGGCAGCUCUGAACAACUUAACCAGCUUUUGCAUAGAUAAUGCAGACAGCGCUAAUGAGAUUAAACUUAAACUUACUUUCAAAACUCUACCAAAACUGUGCAAGUUACACGCGGCCCAUCGUAACUGGGAAGCCAUCGAAGAAAUAGCUUCAUGGCUGCUGGACAGCUUCAACGUACCUUUCACCGAGUUAAGGUUUCAGCUUGCUCAUAAUUUUGCUAAAAUUAUGGAGCUGCUCAUGGCCCUUGAUCCUGAGUCAGCAUCCUCUUUGAUAGAAUCCAUCGUUCACGAUGCAAGGCAUACGCUCUCCUCAAAUCCAACAAAUACAAUAGACGAGGACACCUUGCACACACAGCUUCUCGUCAUCGCCGAAAGUUCUCGAAUUAAGUUAUUGAAUCCGGAGCUUGUAAAGCUGGUAACCGAAUCUAUUGUCCCGAUAACCAUAAAGUUCCAACAGACAAAAGUCAACAAGAUUUCGGGACACCAAAUUAGAGAUGCCACCAAUUUUGUUUGUUGGUCACUUGCCAGGAACUGCGACAUAAACUCUGAGUCGGAAAAUUUGUUCCUUAAUUCAUUGAUUUGUUCCUUGCUUGAUCGAGACCUUUUAAUCAGAAAAUCCUCUGCCGCAGCGCUUCAGGAGAUUUUAGGUAGAUACGGCAACACACUGCUAGAGAGAGAAAACGUUAUGCGUGUUAUCGAACUUCCAAAUAAAAACCUCGAGACUUCUUAUUUACAGAGCGUACCUCAACUUUUUAAGAUUUUUAAAGAGGAAGAUUCAAGAUAUUCAAAUGCGCUUUUGGAUUGGCUUUUAGAUUAUAACGUUCUUCAAAGUAACGAUUUGCACAUUGUUAAAUUGACCUGUGGCUUGAUAAGAAUAUUACUAGAAAAGCAAGACGCAAAUUACCUUCCAGACUGUUUUUGGAACCGCGUAUCUGAGUCGGCAGCCUUGGUGUUUAAGGGCAACGAUGCCCUAAGGAAGUGCUGUUUUUCUUAUCUUGCCACAGAGGCACAAUUGCUCAAAAACGACACCGUGAGAAAGUGCUGUUCUGAAUGGCUUCCUUCACUUCUUGCUGUUCUUAGCCCGAGGUCUCCUAACCCCUCUGAGCGGUUCAAAACGCUCUGCGUUCUAAAGAUGCUGCGUUCUUUUUCAAUCGAAAACACGGGCUCUUUUCAAAUUGACGUUCAUACCCUUGAUAUUCUCUUCCAAAUCGUACGACACCGUUCGAUUUCUGAUCGCGAUUACAACGAAGUAAAAAUGUGUUUUGUUUCAUUAGUUUCUAUUCUCUCCUGCAAAAAAGGAGAGACGAAGGUUACAACCAUAGUCGAUAGCUUCAAGCAAAAGUUCGAAACACUUAUUAGGCAAAACAAUCCAUUGUGUUGUGCAGGCCUUGCUUAUAUUGAUCCUGAUCAGUUCAUCAAAGUAUUUAGGGAGUUAUGCCCGCAUAUGGACUGCGAAGCUCGCCGCGAAGUUGUUUCUGGAAUAUCUGAUAGACUGUUGAGUAUCGAGGCACCUAGGGUACUCUCAAUAUUAACAGCAACUGUUGAUCUUUUAGACGAUUAUACAGUUACGGACAGAGGAGAUGUAGGAAGUCUGGUCAGAAACAGCGUUGUUGAAUUAAUUGAAAGACACAGAGAUGUCUUCAUGCAGAUCGACCCUGCACUAAAAUCCACGGUUUGUUCAAAGCUUUUGAGGAUAGCCGCCGAGCCAAAUGAGAAACUACGGCAAAAGUCGUUCCAAGUUCUGACUCGGGGACACGAUCUUAAUCAAGGUGAUAGUCACGAUUCAGCCAUUUUGAACUUCUUUCAAAAAUACUAUCAAGACAAGGAUACUGAGUUUUGGGUGGGAUUCAUGUUUUCUGCUGGUGCGAUGUACUCAACAGAUCAACUGAUACGCACUAGUAUUGACAGUUUUCUCAAGUUCUAUGAAGCGCUCUCCAAGGAACGGAAGCUGAACUUACUAAAUCACCUUAUGCGAAUAUUGCCGUCGUUUUCUGAGAUAGAGGCAUGGCAAGCUUCCAAGGAACAUAGAAAUGCCCUAGGAUGCCAGAAAAAAGACUUGGUGAAGCAGGCUCUUGCUUCAAUAACAUUUUGGAGGCGAAUUUUUGAGUCUGGCAUGGAUGUCGACCCAGCUUUUAAUGCGACAGGGGCGUAUGCUAAAUUUUACAAUCUGCAUUUGAUCAAAAAGUUUGCGCCACUAAAGCUUGCCGUAGUAAGGCUCAUGCCAUUUAUUGCAAUAAGUUUCAAGAGGCGUGCACCACAUGAGGACAGAAUGUUUGCAAAUAUAGUUUUAAAACGACUAAAAACCCUCGCUUGUGGAGCAAAAUCCAAGUCUCAAAAGCUUACUCAAAUACAGGCCAUGUCCUUAGAGGGAAUGGUAAUCAUCUAUUUGGCGUUUGGAGAUGAUAAAAAAGUCAUAGAGCUUGAAGAAGUGUCCAGAGAAGGCCCAAAAUCUCUCCUGACCUUCCAAGAAAGCAUCUAA